GAAAUGUUUGACGUCUUCCCUAUCAUGUUAAUUCCUAUUUUCCUACAAGAAAAGACUCCGCUUAAUGUAUGCUUUGGUCUAAAUCUCGCAAGCAACUAAGUGAUCAGAUAUGCUUUUCACAACAAUAGACUCCACGUAGACCAGAUUAUUAUCUCAAAUUUGUGACAGGUUGUCAUAUUGCUUUUGGGUGUGACUUUGUAUCUUUUGGCUAUAGAGAAUAUUUGGGAACAAAAGCACCGAAAUAGAAUGAAUUAAUGUGGAUCGGUAAGAAAGACAAUGAACUGGUGUAUUUCUUGCUUCAUAAGCUAAGAAUACUUCUUUUAAGUUUUCUACUUUUCCUAUUAUUAUUGGUUGCUUGUAUCAGGCUUAAAUAAGCUAAAAUUGCUUAAGUAGGUGUUUACGCGUAGGACCUAUUAGCAUUAGAAGCGACAAACAUUUAAGCUGAAAAGGAGCAGCUUAUGUGAUAAAUCAUAAAAUGACAACAACGGCACUGAGACUUUAUAUUCUGUUACUUUCUUUGACAUUGACUGUCAAAAUAAUUCAAGUAUUUGGACAAACUGAAAACUGCCCAACAGAAAAAGAUAUAAUUUCACAUGGAAAAUGUUACACUUUCUUGAAACAAAACGUAACAUGGCAUCAAGCAAAAGCGGCUUGUGAAUCCUCAUCUAUGUCCUUGGCUGAGUUUGAGAAUAAGGAAGAAGCAAGUUUUGUAGUGCAAAAUUUGGUUGAUGUUUAUUGGAUCGGCAUCUACGAUCUCGACAACGAGCAUACGACCUAUGCCUGGCUUAGCAACAACCAAACAGCCAAUAUAAAUUAUUGGUACCUGGUUCCAUCCUAUGGGGAAAAUAUGUGUGUGUUCAUUACGUGGACGAGCGGCCCGGCUGCUGAUACCACAUCCUGUGACGUAGAACAAUUCUAUAUCUGCAUGAGUCCGCUGCAAAAUAACUCAGCAUCUACAACCAUAACAUCAUCCAUAACAACCGCUUCUACAACUGAGACAACAUCAAUUACAACUUCUACAACUGAGACGCCAUCAAGCACAACUUAUAUAACUGAGACGCCAUCAAGCACAACAACUUAUAUAACUGCGGCGCCAUCAAGCACAACAACUUAUAUAACUGAGGCGCCAUCAAUCACAACUACUUCUACAACUGAGACACCACCAAUCACAACCGCUUCUACAACUGAGACACCACCAAUCACAACUACUUAUACAAUUAAGACAACAUCAAGCACAACCAUUUCUUCAACUGAGAGAUCCUCCAUUAUCGCUCCUGUAACAGAAACAGCCACAUAUAAACCAACGACUGCGACUAAAACAGUAUUCAUUUUUCGCUGCAGUAACUCUUCUAUAUUGGAAGCUAACUUUAGUGUUUUAACAGUUCUUGUUUUUCUUCUGUUUAUCUAAUAUAUAUAUAUAAAGCAGAAAGUAAGACGUAUGUAUGUAUAUAUGUAUGUAUGUAUGUAUGUAUCUAUAUACCUAUGCAUCUAUGUAUGUAUGUAUGUAUCUAUAUAUCUAUGCAUCUAUGUAUGUAUGUGUGUCCCGAAUAGAAAUCUUAACCUUUUGACAGAUCUUCAUAAAAUUUGACAUAAAAGUUUCAUAGAUCCUUGCAGAGACGUAGCGUACGUUUAAUGUCAUUCUCACAACCAGAGAGCCCUAAAAAUAGACAAAAAGUACCUAAUUGUAAUUUAGUAAACGACUUCCAUGACAGGCAUGCAUAUUUGGGGGAAAACGAAGCUGGAAUGCACGACGAGUUGGCCCUGUACGGAGACAGGAAAACUCUGCGAAGAACUUGCUGCUAUCCAUGUCCGUGUUAUCAGAGAAUAGAGUUGUCAACACGGCGCCCUAGUGCGAUGAGACUCACACGACAUGCAUAUGAUGUUGUUGGGAUGAAAACUGUGUAAAGUAUGUGGAUAAUGGGCUUAGCCAGGGGGGAUUGUGGUUCAACCCCCCCCCCCAUCCUAAUGAAAUCCUCCUGGGGGGGGGGGACGAACUUUAGUUACUGAUUUUUUGCUUUGAUUUUGUUUAUUUAAGGUGAGAUUUUAAUACUAAACCAUCACUUGCCCCUAACACCCCCCCCCCCGAAAAAAAAUCAUGGCUACGCCCAUGAGUGGAUUGAUUUUUGUCUACAGUCUGAACAGCUUGGCUAAAAAUCAAGUGAUUCCAAAUCUCUGGGUUAUAGGGUCCAGCAUGCACUUUGGAACAAAAAAAAAUGUCGCACUUUUUUUUACAAAGCUUUUAGCAUCUGUCUGACUGUCUGGUAAUAUUUGUGUCCACGUUAUGUCUCCACACCCAUUCAAGCUGAAACUUCGCAUAAUUAUUCAAUGACCUUCACAAGAGAUGAAUUAAUAAAAAAAAAGUAAAUAAUUAAUGUCUGGUAAGUCAUUUUUUUUUAACAGCAACAAGGGAAACUAAUCCUUCAGUAUUCACAGAUGUGGCUUAACUUGUUAGUUUUUAUGUUUUUCACUAAUUGUUAACGCAUUUUUUUUCCUCACGCAUUCUCCGAUCAACUACAUACUUUAUACAAUUAUUUAAUGUACAUAACAAAACAUGAAUCACUAAACAAAAGCACUCAAUGAAUGAUUUAAUUAUUGGUAAUUAAUUAUUUCGUUUGACAUCGAAUAAGGGAAAUAACUUGUAGAUUAUUAGAUUUAGUUUUAAUGAGACAGUUCUCCCCCUUUAGAUAAGUUCUUUUUUUUUUUUCUUCAAAAAACGAUUUGUUAUAUUUUGCUUGUUUCUAAUUGACUCGAUAACAUUGCGUUAGUCUUCUAAAGAAGACUUCAUCAAAUCUACUUUUAAACACAGAAAUCGUGAAAGAAAUGUUUCAAUAUAAGUGUAAUUUUUUUUUUAAUAGUUCGAAAUAAUAUUGUAAUAAUUUAGUAUUGAAAUAAAAUAUAACACUAUAUAACAGGACUAUAUUAAUUAUACAAAGCAAUCUAAAUAUUAGCAAAGAAAUGAGUGCUUGACAAGUUAGAUUUAUAAUUAACACCAAUAUCUAUGCGAGGUCAAAUUAAAUUUUGAUAAUUUAUCAACAUCAGUUUAAACGUUUAUCGACUGCAUAAAGGUAAAAAGAAUCACCAAUUAGCACAUUUAGAAUCCAUUAAAAUAAACCUAAGAAUAUUCUGAUCUUAUGCAUCUAAACGUAACUUUUAUUUAUACAUAUAUUUUUUUUUUUUUUUUUUUUUUUUAAAUAAUAAUUUGUAUGGAACAUAGUAUAUAUCAUACUAGCUAUAGGUUUAAGGUAAAUGGCGUCGGAUGAGUGGCUGAGGGACACGAGUUCAAAUCUCCGCUAGACCAGAGUAGUGUUCACUUUUUCGCCUAAAGGCAGCAUGGCGAACAUGCUCCAAGACGACCCUCUCCCUAUAGUGAAAUAAUGAAUGCAUUGUACCAUAACUCUCUAAGCAAUCUAUAAGCUUGAAAGUUGCUUUAUAAUAACAGUAUUCAUGAUUUAAUAUUUAGAAAAAUUGAAACUUACAAAUGUUUUACUAACUAGAUAUAUUUUAUUGUCGCUCUUGUAAAUAAAUGCGUACAUUGUAAUUUUAGUUGUAUAAAAUAAGUACUCUCUUAUAAACAUUUAUGAAGAUUGAUUUAUUAUUAAAGAAAAACAAAUCACCGAGGUCUUUUCAUUUAUUGCGUUUUGCGUAUUUCAUAAAUUGUGUACACUUUAAUUGUGGAGAGUCGUGUAGGUGACUUUUACUUUGGUGAAAAAGCUUAUACAACCUACAAUAAGAUGGUGCUCUAAUGUUUAAUUAGGUCUAUUUAUUUAUUAAGACUUAUUAAUGUUUGCAAAGAAAUGUUUUAGUGUAGUUUCCAAUGUGACCAAUUUGUUUUUGUUGCUCAUUGAUACACUUAUAUUAUGAUAUUUUAAAG